AGAAGCCCAUGGAGGCCUUACAGUUGCAGAGUUUGUUUCCCAGAACAUUAUCCACACUUUCAUCAUCUCCAAGAGCAAGAACAUCAUCAUCAUCAUCAUCAUUGCAACUCAACAUCUUCAUUAGCAACCAUAAAGCAUUGAGCUUGACCUCAUCAUCUUCUUGUUCUUCACCCGUGGCUGUUAGAGCAGGAUGGUUCUCGGGCCUCACAGACAGCAAGAACAAGAAGAUGGGUUUGCCUGAGACAGUGAAAGCAGGUGACCCAGUUCUGCAUGAGCCUGCAGAGGAUGUGGAUCCCAAUGAGGUUAGGUCUGAGAGGAUUCAGAAGAUCAUUGAUGACAUGAUCAGGGUCAUGAGAAAAGCUCCUGGUGUUGGCCUUGCUGCUCCCCAGAUUGGUGUUCCAUUAAGGAUAAUUGUUUUGGAAGAUACCACAGAAUAUAUUGGUUAUGCACCAAAGGAAGAGGUCAAAGCUCAAGAUAGAAGACCUUUUGAUCUUUUGGUGAUCCUGAAUCCCACACUCCUGAAAAAGAGCAACAAGACUGCCCUAUUUUUUGAAGGAUGCCUAAGUGUUGAUGGAUUCAGAGCAUUGGUGGAGCGACAUCUUGACGUCGAGGUCACCGGUUUGGAUCGUUAUGGCGAACCAAUCAAAGUAACAGCUACCGGUUGGCAGGCGCGGAUUUUACAACACGAGUGUGAUCACUUGGAAGGAACUCUUUAUGUUGACAAGAUGGUGCCUAAAACUUUCAGAACAGUAGAAAACCUGACCCUGCCUCUUGCUAAGGGGUGCCCCAAACUCGGCUCUCGCUAGCUCCGGUUGCAACCAUCCUCGGCGGCUGUGGCCACGGCCGGCCGUGCACAUGUUACUAGUAGAAGAAUGCUAGAUCAAUGUCUUUUCAUCUACUUCUUCCACCUUGAUUUCUAAUGAAAAUGUCCUGGUCACAUUAUUCUAGUUGUCUAUCAUUGUUGUAGGGUAUGAAAUCAAUGUCAUUUGUAGAUCCUAAAUGCUAUUUACAGCUAAAUCAAAUCAAAUAAAAAUCUAUAUGAA